AUGGGUAUCUCGCGGGAGCAGCUUCACCGUCUGGCAGCCCAACACUCCAAGCUGGAUGCCGACGUCGAGGCUCAAGAAUUGCGUUUGUUGGAGCGGGAGCAAGAGUUGGCGGCUGAGCGUCAAAAGCUCUUGCGUCUCAGAAGUCAAAAGAAAAUGUGGUUUGAGAAGAUGAUGCGGGCGGUUCGUCGUGGUAUUGACAAUCUGGAGGAAUUGGAUCGGGUGGAGCGUGAGGAGGCAGAGCAGGAGGAGCGACGGCGAUUAGCCGAGGUCCUUCCUAAAGUGUCCCUGGAGUCGCUUCUUCCGGAUUCCAAUUUUGUCUGGGAUUCGACCUUCCCGAUAGGUCCUUUAAAUCCUUCGUUGUUGGAUAAGAUGAAUGUUCUUACGCAAUAUUCCGUUGGUUCGUCUGGUGGUAUGGUUUCGAGUCCUGGUCGGCCCUUAACUUCUGGAAAUGAUCCAACUCCUGAUAAUAUUGGCGGAGCGGUUCCUGGUAAUCCUGGAGGUGGUUAAGGGGUUCCCAAAUGUUUUCUUCAUGCCUAUAGUUUUCCCAUUUAACAAGGUACUCUAUUUUGCCGUG